CCUGGAGAGAUGGUGUUAGUUCUCGGCAGGCCUGGAGCUGGAUGCAGCACGUUUCUCAAAAUCAUCGGAAAUCAACGUUUCGGCUAUGAAGACGUACAAGGUGAUGUCACAUAUGGUGGCACAGACGCGAAAGAAAUGGCCAAGAAAUAUCGUAGCGAAGGUACGUGAAUGCCAAAAUGAAACGGCUGUGAGUAGCUCUCGCAAUACGCAUCAGCUAACGCCCUUAGUUCUCUACAACCCCGAAGAUGACCUGCACUACGCCACACUCAAAGUGAAGGAGACUCUUAGCUUCGCUCUUAAGACACGAACGCCCGGCAAGAGCUCGCGAAAUGAUGGAGAAUCAAGGGCCGACUACGUCCGGGAGUUCUUACGCGUCGUUUCGAAACUCUUUUGGAUAGAGCAUACAAUGAACACAAAAGUAGGGAACGAGUUCGUGCGUGGUGUAUCUGGAGGCGAGAAGAAGCGUGUCAGUAUUGCGGAAGCUAUGAUCACCAAGGCUUCGGUCCAAUCUUGGGACAACAGCACCCGAGGACUUGACGCGAGCACUGCACUGGAAUACGUCCAGAGUUUGCGUUCCCUGACCAACAUGGCCCAGAUUUCGACCAGCGUUGCCCUUUACCAGGCCGGAGAAUCCUUGUGGGAUCUGUUUGACAAGGUCCUCUUAAUUGACGAGGGCUGUUGCUGCUACUUUGGACCCACAGAUCAGGCCGCCGAUUACUUUAAGAACAUAGGCUUUGUACAACCAGACCGCUGGACUACAUCAGACUUCCUCACUUCUGUUACUGACGAGCAUGAGCGGCAUAUCAAGGAAGGCUGGGAAGAUCGUGUUCCUCGUUCUGCAGAACAGUUCGCCGAUGCUUUCAUGAAGAGCGAAAGACAUCAGCAAAAUUUGGCGGAGAUUGAAGAGUUCGAACGAGAGACCACCAGACUGGUUGAGGAACGCCACGCAGCUCAAACUAAAGCCACCAAGAAGAAGAACUAUACUUUGAGCUUCCAAGCCCAGAUUAUGGCUUGCACCAGACGCCAGUUCCUUGUCAUGACUGGUGACAGGCAGUCUCUUAUUGGCAAAUGGGGCGGCAUCCUUUUCCAAGCUCUGAUUGUUGGAAGCUUAUUUUACAACCUUCCGAAGACAGUCGCAGGAGCCUUCACGCGAGGUGGUGUUAUGUUCUUCAUGCUCCUCUUCAACGCGCUGUUGGCUCUCGCCGAGUUGACUGCCGCGUUCCAGAGUCGACCCAUUCUUCUGAAACACAAAAGUUUCUCGUUCUACCGGCCUGCGGCUUUCGCGAUCGCGCAAACAGUCGUCGAUGUACCGCUUGUCCUUGUUCAAGUCCUCAUUUUCGACAUCGUGGUGUACUUCAUGGCCGGUCUCCAAAGAACAGCAUCGCAAUUCUUCAUCAGCGUAUUGCUACUCUUCAUUUUAACGAUGACGAUGUACGCGUUCUUCAGGGCCAUCGGAGCAUUAGUAGGGUCUCUUGAUGCUGCUACUCGAAUUACAGGUGUAGCUAUCCAGGCACUAGUAGUGUACACAGGUUACCUGAUUCCUCCGCAAAAGAUGCACCCAUGGUUUUCCUGGCUUCGCUGGAUCAACCCGGUCCAGUACGGCUUCGAAGCGUUAAUGGCCAAUGAGUUCUACAACCUCGAACUCGAAUGCGUUCCUCCCUACAUUGUUCCCAUGGUCCCAAAUGCCGAUGUACGAUACCAAUCGUGUGCUCUCCAAGGGAGCACUCCCGGAAGUUUGACCGUCAACGGUGCCAACUACAUUCAAGUCGCAUAUCGCUACUCGCGGUCCCACUUGUGGCGGAACUUCGGCUUCAUCUGUGUCUUCUUUAUCUUCUUCGUUGUCCUUACUGCCGUCGGAAUGGAGAUUCAGAAACCGAAUAAGGGCGGCGGCGCAGUGACAAUCUACAAGAGAGGCCAGGUUCCGAAGUCUGUUGAGAAGGCCAUGGAAGAUAACGCCCAGCCAAGAGAUGAGGAGACUGGAAAGACUCAAGCAGCUGGCGCUGGUGCUCCCAAGGAUGAGCCGACCAGCGAGAGCGAUAAUGAAGCUACCAAAGGUGUUGCCAGAAACGAGACAAUCUUCACCUGGCAGAAUGUCAACUACACGAUUCCUGUCGAGAAGGGCGAACGAAAAUUGCUUAAUGAAGUGCAGGGAUACGUCAAGCCCGGCAAGCUCACUGCGCUAAUGGGAGCAUCAGGAGCGGGUAAGACGACUUUGCUCAACGCCCUUGCACAGAGAAUCCGGUUCGGUGUUGUCACGGGAGAUUUCUUGGUCGAUGGUCGCCCGCUCCCCUCAUCAUUUCAGCGGUCUACUGGCUUUGCUGAGCAAAUGGACGUUCACGAAUCUACUGCAACGGUACGGGAAGCCCUUCGAUUCUCCGCAAGGCUGCGUCAACCCAAGGAAACGCCUCUUGAGGAGAAAUACGAUUACGUAGAGCGAAUCAUCGACCUCCUGGAGAUGCGAGAAAUCGCAGGUGCCGCCAUCGGCAAGCCCGGUUCUGGCCUGAAUCAGGAACAACGCAAGCGUGUCACCAUCGGCGUUGAAUUAGCUAGUAAACCCGAACUUCUUAUGUUCCUCGACGAACCGACCUCUGGAUUGGACUCCGGGGCAGCCUUCAACAUUGUGAGGUUCCUCCGCAAGCUCGCGGAUGCCGGCCAAGCUAUCCUCUGCACAAUCCAUCAGCCAUCCUCAGUGCUCUUCGAACAUUUCGACCAACUGCUGCUUUUGAAGAAUGGCGGUAGCACGGCGUACUUUGGCGAGCUCGGCCACGACAGCCGCAUACUGCUGGACUAUCUCGAGAAGAAUGGGGCCAAGAAGUGUCCCCCGAAGACGAAUCCCGCAGAGUACAUGCUCGAAGCUAUCGGUGCUGGAAACCCGGACUACAAAGGCCAGGACUGGGGCGAAGUCUGGGCGAAAUCGCCAGAAAACGAGAAGUUGUCUCAUGAAGUGCAAGAAAUUAUUAGUAGCCGUCGGAGCGAGUCCGCGAAGCAUAACACUGGUGAUGACAGGGAGUAUGCGAUGCCUUGGGCGACGCAGAUGUCUGUCGUUGUUCAUAGGAGCUUUGUGGCUAUGUGGAGGGAUCCGGCAUACGUUGUUGGAAUGUUCAUGCUCCAUAUCUUCACCGGUCUCUUCAACACGUUCACGUUCUGGCAUCUAGGAAAUAGCCACAUCGACAUGCAGUCUCGGCUCUUCUCUGUCUUCAUGACAUUGACUAUCUGCCCGCCGCUUAUUCAGCAAUUGCAACCGCGAUAUCUCAACAUGCGGUCUAUAUACUCGUCACGAGAAGGCAACUCGAAGAUUUACUCUUGGUCUGCUUUCGUCUGGGGAACUAUACUGAGUGAGAUCCCUUAUCGAAUUGUGGCUGGCACCAUCUAUUGGUGCUGUUGGUACUGGGCUACAUGGUUCCCGAGAGAUACGUAUACGUCGGCGAGCAUUUGGCUCUAUGUCAUUGCGUUCGAAAUGUUCUAUCUUGGCCUCGGCCAGGCAAUUGCUUCGUUCGCUCCCAACGAACUGCUGGCCUCGCUGCUUGUGCCGUUGUUCUUUACAUUCAUCGUCAGUUUCUGCGGCGUGGUGGUCCCAUAUGCUUCCCUCCCAUACUUCUGGAGAUCCUGGAUGUAUUGGCUCACACCGUUCAAAUACCUCUUGGAAGGCAUGUUGGCAUUACUCACUGACGGCGUCCCCAUUCGCUGCUCGGCCGCUGAACUCGCGAUAUUCCCUGCACCUCCGGGCCAAAACUGCCAGACGUAUGCUGGCCCCUUUGCAGCACAAACCGGUGGCUACGUGCAGACUCAGCCAAGCGGGGACUGCGGGUUCUGCCAGUACAGCAACGGGACGGCGUUCGCGGCGAGCUUCAACAUUGAGCCGAGUCAUAUCUGGCGCGACUUUGGCAUAUUCUGGGCCUACGUUCUCUUCAACUUCGCCGUCGUCUUCGUCUGCUCGUACCUCUAUCUGGGCGGCUUCCAAAAGAUCAAGGACGUCGUGAGCCCCACAGCGCGGAGGAACAGGCGCGAGAUGCAGAAACAGCAGAGCACGAGCGAUAAGGCGUAGGCGCGGGAAGUGUUCCGCCGGCCGCGGACGCAACGGGCAGGGGUCCGUUUCAAGAGCUCCCUUGCUCGGAGCAGCCGUGUCAGAAUAAGCAGCCGUGUCAGAAUAGUGCAUACAUGACUUGCGCGUAGGAUAUAAGCGGUGUAGGAUACGUGGAUAGUGGCGUGUAUAGAGCGGUAAAGGUGCGAGCUGCGUAGCUCGACUGCUUAAUUGAGUACGACUUUAAUAACUCGUCUGUGAGAUAAACACGUGUGUUCAGCGCUGA